GUCUCUUGCUUCCAUAUUGCAGUAUGGAAGGUAGCAGGAACAGCCUUGUCUUCGGGUCAAGGAAAAGGUGCCUGUUCCUAUGGAGAUUAUAUGGGUUGCUUCUCCCAGGGCACUGCAGGGAAGUUUCUGAGGACAAUUACAACCACUGAGCAGGUGAGGCAAACUGGAGUAAGAUGGGACAUAGAUCUAAUUUUAUUUCCCCAACACUGAAGGGCCUUUCUUCACUGUAUGCUUACCUUGAGCAAGGAGGUAUGCACUUGUCAGCCUGGACUUGGGGAGCACUGCACCCCAUGUCCUUCAGUGGAGUCCCCAUUGCUGUCAGUGCAAAUGAGUGACAUACUCCGUGCUGACUGAUGAGUGACAGCACCUCCAGCACAGCCUUCCAUCCCUGCUGUUUUCUUGCCUGUUUGUGUGCAUGAUUUGAAAUGCCACUCAGCUCCACGUUUGGUGACAUUUAGGAAAAGCAUGGUGUUUGUGCUAUUUCUUUUAUCAUUCAAGGCUUGGCAUGGCUGGACAAGGGUAGACAUGGCACUGAGGGAUGUGGUUAGUGGGCAUAGUGGGGAUGGAUUUAUGGUUGGACGAGGUGAUCCUAGAGAUCUUUCCCAACCUUAAUGAUUCUGUGAUUCAAUGACAUCUGCCAUUGAUGUUCAUAGCUGAACUCUACAUCUUUGAGUACUCCAACUAUGUUGUUUUUCUCUUACAACAGAAAUUUUCCAGAUAUAUCAGAGCAAAGCCCUACUGGGAUUUAGAUGUAAAUGAGACGAGGAUGCAAUAGCAAAGGAAUAAUUUGCUUUAAUUCCCCAGCGAAAACAUUCCAGUUAUUAGAUUUAAAUUAAUUGUGGCCAUCUUCUUACCAACACAAAUGUUUCUGUUUGGGCUACUGAUGAGAACCCUGCAAUAGGGGAGAAGCAGAAGAAUUGAUGUCACUGUUGGGUUUAUGUUGUGGUUUCUGGGAAUCCAGUGCUUUAGUAGGGAUUACUUGCAUAUCUGGUGGGUUUUCCCAAAUAAUGAUCUAUGUUAGGAUGGAUCGAUCCCUUACAAAGCAAAAUAUUAUUAUGAAAAUAAAUGCAUUUGCAUGGUUUUGGAGGACUGGGGAAUCUCUUUCGUAAGACACUGUGCUGAGGAAGGUACCAGUGUUGUGUCUGUGUCACCAAGGAGAGCCCUUUGGUUUUGCAAUGAGUGCUGCUCAUAAUCUCUGUCACAAAUGGAGAUGCAGUUUUCACCUCUGCCAUUGAUUGGUCUUCACUGCCACUGCGUUUUGUUAGUAAAUAGAAAGUGACAGCAGUACAGUUCUGAGAAACACAACCAUGUUGUGGGUAAUGGGAACAAUGGACACUGAAAGAAGUGCCCACAGCAGAGAGAGGGACAGGUUGGUUUUUCUGUCUUUUCUUGAAGUGGAAGCAGUUUCUAAAGCCUUUAAAUGACUUCAGAAGGUUCAAUGAGAGAAAAACACUGCUGAGUUACAGAGCUGUAGCUCCCAUCUCUGACUGCAAUAGAACACCCUGUGCAAAAGGCUCCAGGUAAAAUCCUUUCCAAAUACCAAACUGGCCCACAAAGAAUAGAACAGUAGAAUGGUUUGGGUUGGAAAGGACCUUUAAGAUCAUCUGGUUCCAUCACCCCUGCUACAGGCAGGGACACCUCCCAUCAGCUGAGGUUGCUCAAAGCCCCGUCCAGCCUGCAUAAAUGAAAAGAAAUGCUUUCCAUUCUCAGAAGAGCCCACAGUUGUUUUUUUUUUACUACUACUUUUUUUGGAUAAGGAAAAUGCUCAUGUGGCCAACACUGGUCACUCUACAGGCUUCAAUAAGCAAAGGACACUUGAUUUAAAAAAUAAAUACUUAAAAUAGCAGCGAGGACUGCAAGGAGUGGAAAAUGGGUGGAAGGGGAAAGAAAUGGGGUGGAGGGGGAGCAGGUUCAGCCCUGAGCUUGUUCCCAGCCCCUUUCCCCUUUGCCCUUUUUCUCUCCCCUGCUCUGGAGCUGAGCGCUGGGAAUACAGUGGCUAUCAUAUAUUUACAUAGAGAAUUGCAAUAGGGAAAUGAGUCAGUCGAAAAGGUAUUUUGCAAUUUUAAUCAAUUUUGUUGCCACCUGCCACCAAAUUAACAAGCCUGCCCUGCAGGGAGUGGCUGCUUCCCUUGGGUGCAGGAGCAGAGUCUGGCCCUAUGGCUGUGCUCCUGCUCCACAUCUCCCUGCAUUGCAAGGAACCCCUUUUCUGCCCUCUCCAGCCAGCUUGGUGUUGGAAGAACACACACCACUCCCCCUCUCCUUUCACUCAGAUGGGUACAUUCUGCUUGUGACCAUCAUCUCAUCAGAGCAACACCAGUGCAAAGAGGGAUGGUUUUCAGGGAUCUUUCGAAAUCAUUUGUUCCCUUUCCAGUAUCUCCUGUAGCUAUGGAUUUCCUGCUCCAGUUCUGUUUUUACAUCCAGUUUCUGUGUACGUUUACCCAGAAAGUACCAUGCCAGUUUUUGCUGCAAAGGAAAUUCAUUAAAUUGCACCAAAUUGAGCAUUUCUGCAAAAGGAACCUCUUUCAUCUCCUAGCCCAGGCCAUGGCUGGAGCCAUGCAUGCUCAGAGAAAACCAUCCCAUCCCCAUGUCCCUCUGUUCAGCUGCAGACAGGGAUUUUCAUACUGUGGACAUUUCACUGUCCAUUGCGAGGGCAGAUUUCAUGUUUGCAGGGCUGCACCAUAGAAGCAGGCUGUGUGGAUGCCUGCAGCUCAUAAAGUGGUGCUGGGCUGCACCAUGACAAAAUUCCCCAGGUCACUGUGCUGUGGCCCUUCACUUGCAAGUCAAGGUCUCCUACUCUGCUUGAGUUUACUCAGUCUUACAGGAAGAAAGAAAUGGCUGUAAUAUGUGUAAAGCAUAUUACAGAUGUGUUGUAAGGGGAUUUUUAAAGCUUAACAGCACCAGGAAAAUGACAGUGAGACAGCAAUUCCUUCCCCCUCUCCAUUAUUUCUUAAUUGCCUAUGUAAAAAAGUGGGGUUUAUGGUGGCACAGGCUGUGUGGGGAAUGCUGGAGGGAGGCUGGGAUAGGGAGGGGGCAAUCUCCUUCCCAUUUCAUUAGUGGCUGGCAUGUUUGCAGCUGAGCCAGAAGUCAGCCAUUUGUGGUGAUAAAAUGAGAAGGAAUGCCAUGUGGGUCCAUCUCCCUGUGUCCCUGGGGAAGCCCAAAGGGCAAAUCUGCUCAAAUCAUGCCCCAGUCUUCAUGUUUGCACACGAAUGGAGGUGGCCAUAUCAGGUUGCCCAGAGAGGUGGUGGAUUCCCUGUCUGUGGAGACAUGCGAGGCCAGGCUGGAUGGGCUCUGAGCACCUGAUGGAGCUGCAGGUGUCCCUCUUCACUGCAGGGAAAUUGGACCAGAUGGCCUCUAAUGACCCCUUCCAACUCAGACAAUUCUACAGUUCUAUGAAAUCCAUAUGAAUUUGCACAAAACGGGCUGAGAAAUGUCCUCUGGGACCCGUCAGGCUGUUACUUGAGCCAGGAGGAGGCAAGGCUGAGCAAGGCGUGAGCCUGGCAGCAAUACUGCAACUUUCUAGCAAGAGCAAACAGCACUGAUGUUCCUUCCAAACAUCGGGUGUUCAUCUGCCAACCACAGUGGUGUCGUAGCAGUACAGGAGAACAGUGCACAGCUUUGUAAGGAGAAGGGAAGAGAGCUGGUAGAAACACAGAAAAGCAGCGAUUUCUGUUUAAAUUAUUGUGGAUGGUUUGAUUAACCCCCACAAUAGGGUGGUUGGGUGCUGGCGCUCGGUGUUGUAGGAGUGGGGAACAAAAGAUAAGGAGGGAAAAAAAAAAAAAAAAAAGGAAAAACAACAAUAUGUGUAAAGGAGGCUUGGUCUGCUGGCUCAGCAUGGGGUGCGGUUCAGGAGGCUGUCCCAUCCCAUCCAGCACCGCCCAGAGCUCAGAGCUGCUCCUGCAGGGCUUCCCAAGGAGCACCGGGUGCCCGCUCGCGUCCUGUGGCCAUGCCGCCCCACAGCGAUGCGGGGCCAGUCGCCGGCCCCCCGGAUGGUGGCUGGGGCUGGGUGGUGGUCUUCGGGGCUUUCAUUUCUAUCGGCUUUGCAUACGCCUUCCCCAAAGGCAUAGCCAUCUUCUACAAAGAAAUCCAGGAUUUCUUUGACACGUCCUAUAGCGAGAUCGCAUGGGUCUCUUCCAUCAUGCUGGCCACGACGUACGGUGCAGGUCCCAUUAGCAGCAUUUUAGUGAACCGCUAUGGCAGCCGACCCGUGGUUAUCCUCGGAGGCCUGCUGUGUGGCAUUGGGAUGGUCUCAGCUGCCUUCUGCACCAGCAUCAUACAGCUCUACAUCUGCGUGGGCUUCAUUACAGGACUGGGACUCGCUCUCAACCUCCAGCCAUCAGUGAUAAUCAUAGGGAGAUACUUUUUGAAGAGAAGACCUAUCGCCAACGGCCUUGCUAUGGCAGGGAGCCCCGUCAUGCUUUGCACCUUGGCUCCUCUCAACCAGUUCCUUUUUGACAAUUACGGCUGGAGGGGCAGCUUUUUAAUUCUUGGGGCAAUUUUAUUACACUGCUGUGUUGCUGGAGCUCUCUUCAGACCCAUCAGUGCAGACAAAGCCUCAGUCAAAACCCAGUCAAUUGAGGAAGGGAAGGAGGUCCUAAAAGAAGAAGUCACUAAGGAUGUCAUAGAAAUGAACAGUCCCACUAACGUCCGUAUGGAGACCAAAACAGAAGAGGAGGAAGAAAGGGACUGUUGUGAAAAAGUCAAUAAGUACCUUGAUUUUUCCCUCUUUAAGCACAGAGGGUUCUUGAUUUACCUGAUUGGAAAUGUGCUCAUGUUCCUGGGCUUCUUUGCCCCCAUUGUUUUUCUAGCACCCUAUGCAAAGCACAUUGGCAUUGAUGAAUACUCAGCUGCUUUCCUCCUUUCAAUUCUUGCUAUUGUGGAUAUGGUUGCCAGGCCGACCACUGGCAUCAUUGCAAACAGCAAGUGGGUGAGGCCACGGAUUCAAUACUUCUUCAGCUUCUCCAUUGCUUUCAACGGCACUUGCCAUCUUCUGUGCCCAUUGGCUUCUGGCUACACGGGGCUCGUCAUUUACUCCGUCUUUUUCGGCUUGGCCUUUGGCAUGGUUUGUGCCAUGCUUUUUGAAACUCUCAUGGACCUUGUGGGAGCUUCCCGCUUCACAAGCGCUGUUGGCUUGGUCACCAUAGCGGAGUGCUGCACGAUAUUGCUGGGACCACCCAUUGGAGUACUGGAGCUGAAGUCAACAGUUUGGGGAGUGAUGACACGUCUCGCAGAGCCAUUCAGUUCUUCAUAUUACCAUGUGGCUCAUCCAGUGUGACAGAAGCAGCUGUAUCCUCUUGUUGUCUUAGAGAUUCAUUAAUUAAUGACAAACAAAGAAAAUACAAUUUAAAAAUGACCAUUUUCUGGGCUGCAUAAUUUUCUAUGUGGAAAAAUAACUUAAUGACCAAAGACUGCUAAUGAGGCUACAGCAGUUCUAUGUAAUAAUCAGUGAUAUUAGUUUUGUAGGGUUUUCCCUGCUACUUUAAUAAGCAGCAAAUUUAUUGGUUCUUUGGCAUUUUAAUAACUUACUGCAGGGUUCUGCUUCAGUGAACUAAGUAAAUUGUUCCCAGAGUGUUUUAUGGCUUUAUCUUAUUCUCAAUGGAAAAGAGGUAGGCUAUCCUACUGUUGUACUUUCCAAUACUCUACUCAUUAAAACUCUCACUGAAACCUAUUUAGGAGACCUCUAGGUCAUCCUGAUUAGCAGGAAAGGAAAAAAAAUUGCAAUUAACAUUUAGUUGAUGUUUCACCACCCACAUGAAAUACACUGUGCAUUGAAAACAGUGUAUGAAGACAUCUAAGAGUGAUUCAGGAAGAACUAGGGACCAAAAACAGUUGAAAGUUACUCUUUUUUGUGAUCAAGAAAUGUAUGUGGUGGCCACAAAAUCCCUUGUUAGUGUUAUGCAGUGGGAUAAUUAAUCAUCAGCUUUUCACAUUAAGGGUCAGUCAGGAAGUAAUUAAGAUCCCUCACUUUAAGGAGGAGAACACAUUCCAAAAAGUCAGAGAGCUAAUGGAUGAUGAGCCAGUUUCAAGGAGGUCUAUCUGCACUAUGAAUGUCAGGUUAGGAGUGGGUCUUUCUUUAAUCAGGAUCUGGGAUGUUACGAAUGGUCUGUGAUGCUCCAGUAAGUGGGAAUUAAUGCUUAGGAUCAUAAUCCCAAUAAGAUUUGCAUUACAUUUUGACAUAAUGGAGAACACUGACAUUUCAAUUAAGCCGUCUCCCUUCAAUUACUCUGUUACUCCAUAACAGAGGCAUUAACCUUUCAAAGGAACCUGUCACAUUUGUCUUGGCAUUGAAAUUAUCUGACACUGAAAGCAUCAUCUUUGCUUUCCCCAGAACUAAUGUUUUCCAGUUCCACACGGUGCACUUUCAUCCUCAGAUCACAGGUAGAAAUGCAGAAAGGGCGGCUGUGACCAAAGGCUGAGUCCCCUCCAGUGCUGGAGAAUGACCCGUGGUAGAACAUUGAUGGGUGUUUGUCACUACUCUGAGACCAGACCCAGUGGCUAGGUGCCAUCUCACACAGAGCUUUCAGAAAGCUGCCACUAUCCCGUUCCACUUUAUUAUACAAACUUCUGGUAGUGUUACCCACAUCAACGUUAACUACCCCCAGGCUGUAAAGUGGAGCACGUGUGAAGUAUUUGUGGGAUCAGAGCGCUUGGGGAAGAGAUCAGAAGUACAGAGAAUGUUUUAUUUUAUCCUAAAGCCACAAGGGUGUCCCUUUAUAGAUAGGAACUGAUAACACGAUAGUCCUUCCUUCAUCUCUAAAGUUUCUUUCUUUUUUAAUAUGUCUU